UACUGAAUACUUGAAUGACCUUGAGACCAACACCAUGUUUAGGUACAUGUAUGUUAGUCUCAGAAUGAUCAAAGUGUCGAGUGAAACGAUUUGUAACAUAAAGAAAAUUUGAAGACAAACUAUGGACAAUGACAAUCAUUGCUAGUCUUUACUGACAGGAGACUUCCGAUCACUGAAAAUGAACGUAUGUGGAAUUUUCAAAUAAUCAACAAGGUACAAUCAAGCUGCCGCAUCUGAGAUAGCAGCCACAGGGUAACGGGGUGGCAGGAUAUAUACAUUCAGUUUACAAAGAAAACCUCCACCGACCAGAAAAUGAAGUUAAUUUCGUCAACUGUCGCUAUGUAGAACUUCCAUCUGCAUCAUUCAUGGCAACUGAAGCACAUGUUGUAGCUGAUAUUCUGAAGCACUCGGAAGAGAGAUCGAAGAAAAUACUGAACGAGUACCAAACAAAGUGCAAAGAAGCGGGGAUUGAACACUGUAAAGCAUGGACCAAAUCUGGCGUAGCGGGCGAAGCGAUUUGCGAAACCGCUCACGAACUUCACGCUGAUAUGAUUCUGCUUGGAUCAAGGGGACUUGGAACGGUUAGACGUACAAUACUCGGCAGUGUCAGCGACUACGUUCUUCAUCAUGCUCAUAUUCCAGUACUUAUCGUCCCAAAGAAAUAGACAUCGCGAAUAUAAAGGCUAUUAUUUAAUAGAGGGACGAUUACUGCUACCUAGGAGAUCAUAAUCAUUCAUUGAAAUUGUAUGAACAAAACGGACAUCAAAAAAUCGAUUCAAUACAGUUCUUAGACUGAAUUAGUUCUAAUCAUGUAUUUACAAUAUAAUCAAAAAAAUAUUUGAUGUUCACACAAUGCUGGGAAUGUACUGUUUAUUAAUUUUUUUGCUACUACAUGGGAUCCAA